UAACGCCCUUCCACCCCAUUGAACAUCCUAAUUCCCUCACACACAAAAGAAAAAAGAAAAAAAAAAAACUUGAACACCCAAAUUUGGCGUUCGUACGACCGAAAGAUUCCUCUUCCAUGGACUCAGCCGAAGAUAUUUUCGAUUCAUCGCUAAAUCUAGAAGAAACCCAUUAUCAAGAAGGUUACGAAGAAGGCUACAAACACGGCAUAGCAACCGGUAAAGAAGAGGCAAGGCACGUGGGUCUUAAAACGGGCUUCGAAACAGGCGAAGAGCUCGGUUUCUACAGGGGCUGCGUCGAUGUGUGGAGCUCCGCCAUCCAAAUCGACCCGACUCGGUUUUCCACUCGGGUCCAAAAGGGUAUAAAGCAAAUGGGGGAAUUGAUCGAAAAAUACCCAGUUGUGGAUCCGGAGAAUGAAAGCGUCCAAGAAAUAAUGGAAGCUUUGAGGCUUAAGUUUAGGGUUAUCCGUGCAGCUUUGGGUGUUAAAUUGGAAUAUGAUGGGAACCCAAAACCCAAGGACAUCGAAUUUUGAUUUGACAUAUUAUUUAGGUAUUGUAAUUGCCACGUAUCAAAUGUUCUUGGGUUUUUGCUUUUUGUAUAAGGAUUGCGUAACAAAUUUUUUGUUGAAUCUCAAAGCCAAUUAUCUAAGCAGCCGUAUUUUUUUCUGUAUAAGGGAAGAGGAGUAAUUAACCUUGGCAAAUAUACACCAAUAAUGUCGUUAAGCAGCUGUA